CUAGUAUGUUUUUAAACUUAAGUUUGUGUUGAGUUUCAAAUUUUAAAUUACAUAUUUGUAACGAACAUCCCAUAUGAAAACACGACGAGAGAAGAAUUAUUAUAAUGCAUUGAAAUAAUUAUAAUAUUAUUAUAUUCUUUCUUAACAUUCCUUCAUAACAUUCGAAUUAUUUUAUCAUGUCCAGUAUAAAGUCAGCGCGUCAAAAACCACCUGUUACAAGUCGGAAGCAAGCAACCAAAACAAAAAUUGAUAGUGUAGAACCAGUUCAAGUUUACUGUCGUAUAAGGCCAAUGUUAAAUUCUACAGAUAUCUCGUGUAUGAAAAUUGCUUCUAGUACGACUAUAAUUGUUACACCUCCAGAAACAGCAAUAAAUUUUCGCAAUGUCAGUAAAGUAAUACAAACAUCAUUCAGUAAAGUAUUUGGGCAUGAUGCAACUCAAAAGGAAGUAUUUAACAUAGUUGCAUUACCACUUGUGACAAAUCUUAUUAAUGGAGAAAAUAGUCUUUUAUUUACAUAUGGUGUAACAGGAAGUGGAAAAACAUACACAAUGACUGGAGAUAUCCAUAAUCCUGGAAUUAUGCCAUGUUGCUUGGAUGUCCUCUUUAAUAGUAUUGCCAAUUAUCAAACCAAAAGAUCUGUAUUCCAACCGGACAGAUUAAAUGGAUUUGAUGUACUAAGUGAAACAGAAAUACAAUUUGAGAAACAAAAUGAAUUCAACUUAAAUUUUGCCAACUCUCAAAAUGGAAAAUACAGGCAUGGUAUCCAACCAAUAGAUAAUAAUAAUGAUAAUAGACCAAGUUUUAUAUGCUCAACAGAUGAUGUAGAUAUGCUGCAAGUUGAUGAGGAUAAUGGAUAUGCUGUAUUUGUAACAUACAUAGAGAUUUAUAAUAAUAGCAUAUAUGAUUUACUUGAAGAUGAAGAAGUAAGGUCAAAACCAUUACAGAGUAAAAUUAUACGUGAAGAUGGUUGUAGAAAUAUGUAUGUCCAUGGUGUUACUGAAAUAGAAGUAAAAAAUUCAGAAGAAGCAUGUAAGAUAUUUCAACGUGGACAAAGAAGAAGACGAGUAGCACAUACUGCAUUAAAUGCUGAAUCAAGUAGAUCUCACAGUGUUUUCACUAUAAGGCUUGUGCAGGCACCAUUAGAUUCUCAAGGAGAGCAAGUUGUGCAAGAUAAACGAGUUAUUUGUGUCAGUCAAUUGUCACUAGUAGAUUUAGCUGGAACAGAGCGUACUAAUCGUUCUAAAAAUACAGGCCAAAGACUACGAGAAGCAGGCAAUAUAAACAACUCAUUAAUGACACUUCGCACGUGCUUAGAAAUUCUUAGAGAAAAUCAAAUUCAAGGUACCAACAAAAUGAUACCUUAUCGUGAUUCAAAACUUACACAUUUAUUCAAAAAUUAUUUUGAUGGUGAAGGACAAAUUAGAAUGAUUGUAUGUGUUAAUCCAAGAGCAGAAGAUUAUGAUGAAACAAUACAAACAAUGAAAUUUGCAGAAAUAACUCAGGAAGUUCAAGUCGCACGAUCUGUAACUUCUAAAUUAGAUUUAGGCUAUACUCCUGGACGAAGACAAAUGAAUAAGAUAUUUAAAGAAGCACGAAGCAGAUUAGAAAAAGCAGGCAAUGCUGAUGCAGCUGACAUAGAAGUAGAUAUAGGAUUAGUAUACAGCCUUGGUGGCCCUUUUCCAGACAUGGAGAUGACAAAUCCACACAAUGAUCAAGUGAUCACUAAUCUAAUGCGUUUUCUGGAAUUGCGUAUUCAAAAGAGAAAUUUAUUACGAGGAGAUUUGCAACAAAAACAAAACAACUUUAGAAAUAUGCUAGUAAAAAUGGAACGAGAAAAUGUUUCCCUAAAGAUUGAAAAUGCAACAUUGAAAGCAUCGAAUGAACAACAAAAGGAAAAAAUAUCUAUUUUGGAAAAUCUCGUUUGUAAAACUGAAGAACAGAUCGAUACUUUGUUGUAUAGAUUGAACAGUGCAAAUGAUGCCAUCAGAAAUUUACAACAAGAGUUAAGAGAUAAGGACAUGUCUCUCAAUCAACGAUUAAUAGAUAAGCAAAGAGUAAAGCAAAAGUACAAUAGUAAAAUUCAAGCAGAAACAGCAAAAAUGAAUAAAGAAUUGGAAACAAAAUUGCAACAACAAAGAGAAAUUUUACAAAACCAAAUGAAGGAAAAAGAAGAUAAGUUAAAAUUAGUUAAACAAAUAUUGGUGGAUGAUAAUGCGACUGAUGUAACAGUUCCUCAUAAAGAAUCUAUACCAGUAACUACACUUAAUAUUCCUGAAAUUGCCACAUCAAGCACAGUUAAUGUUACUCCUGAAUCUACAAUUGUAGAUCAUAUUCCAAGAACAACGGUCCAAACGUUAGCAAAAAUGUUGGAAUCUGAGAGUGGAGAUAUUAAUACAAAAGAAAGAAUCCCAGUAGUUAAUCCGCGAUAUAGGCGAUCACAAAGUGUGGACAGAUGGAUUGAUCAUCGACCUCCUCCAAUGGUGCCAGUUGGAACAAUACUUCAACCUGUAAUGCAUCGUAAACGAAGUGUUACACAUUUAACAGAUCCAAAAGAUAUCACGAACAAAGCAUCUCGAUACUGUCUUAUAUCUCAAAAUCAAGAUGAAGAAGGUGAACUAGAAACGAAGUUAUACAAGGGUGAUAUAUUACCAACAUGUGGCGGUGGUGCUCAAGUAGUGUUUAGCGACAUGGAGUAUUUAAAACAAUUAUCACCUGUUACAAGAAAACGUAGUGUCACUUUAAGUCCUCGAAGCAAGGAUAAAGUGACUUCUUCAGAUAAUUGUUUAUCCAUUGAGACUGGUUCAAAAAAACUUCGCGUAUAAAAAUUUAUCUCAAUCCAUUUAAUUUUAGAUUUCUGCAAUUCUUGUUAUUUUUUUAGUAUACAUUUAGUAUAAAAUGUUUUUUCUUUAUUAUUUUUUUUUUUGCUUUUGUUGUAUAGAAGUACAAAUAUGUUUUUGUAUAAUACUUCAGUAAAAGUCUAUAUGUUGUUUUUAUCAUUAGAAAUUUAACAUCAAUACUUUGUUUCUGCAAAUAAGAAGGUUUAUUUGAUUUUGUGCAAUAUAUGUUAAGAGCAUUACUAGAUCUGGAUAUAAUUUAAGACUAAUCUGUACAUGCUCACUUUCUUUUAAUGGAAAAAACGAUUUAAAGAAAACUUCUAUAAUAAUGAAUUCGUUUAUUUCAUUAUCUUCAAUAAAAAAAAUGUUACAAGAUA